CUCAUCUUUUUCGCAAUCUGCACGAACGAGAUCUUAUUGUCGCCCCGAGGUACUGUCGGCGAUACAAGAUGAUAGGCUCGUUCUGGCAUCUGACACAUCUCACGAUCACUUGACCGCCUUGUAUAAUAUUCGCACAACGAAGUUCACAGACGUCUUCGCCAUCAAGUCAGGGAGGCACCCACUUCUUGAUCAAGUCACGCCCAACGAUGUCUUCGCCACUGAAGAGUGCAAUUACUUCUUGAUCACGGGGCGUGAGUGCGGGGAGCUGACUUGUCUCGCCGUGAAAGGCGAUUGUUCGCAAGGGCCUAAUUUGCACCGACCUAUCGCCAGCCAACAUGUCUGGAAAGACGACAUUCCUCAAACAGAUAGCACUCAUCGUCAUAAUGGGAAGCUGCGGUAGUUUUGUUCCAGCCGACUACGCCAGUCUCAAGCACUUUACGACCCUCAGCACUCGUUUCUCUAAUGAUGACGACGCAGACCAUAAUCUCUCAACCUUUGCGUCUGAGAUGCGAGCAACCGCCUCUGCUCUUUCUAGCGCCGGCCCUUCCUCCCUGAUCCUGAUGGAUGAGCUGGGUCGGGGCACAUCUCCCACAGAAGGAUUUGGCAUCGCCCAUGCCGUCAGCGAGAGACUAUAUCAGCAGAAAGCCUACGUCUUCUUUGCCACGCAUUUCCUCGAUCUUGAGAAGAGUCUGGGAAGCAAGAGCAGGCUUCAUACUCAGCAUUUGUCAUUCGCGGUAUCAGACGACAUGGCGGGGGCAAACAGCCAUCUGACGUUCCGUUAUAAGCUGUCCGAUGGGCCGCCUCGCGCCCGACACUACGGCUUGGACGUAGCUAGUAUCUCAGGUCUUCCACGAGCCCUGCUCGAGGACGCUCUCGAGUGCUCGUCUAUCCUCGAGCACCCGCGACACAAGGACGGAAUCGCAUCUCGAAGCAAGCACUCGCUCGAUCGCAUGACUUGUCUACUAAGACUCGAGAAAGUACUGCAGCAGCUUCUGCACGAGUCAGCAUUGGACGGAGGACCCCUCCUCCACCUCCUAGCAGCAUCUCGCUCUGAUUGCAUAGAAGCGAUGUCUGCGCAGGCUCAGCAGUGGUGACUCUCACGAGCUUCAGAGCACUAGUGAUGCUUCUCUCCCUUGUCGUUGCUUCACUCAGUGCAAGUCCACUUUUCGGUACGACCUCAUACUUGCCUCUGCGACAGAAGGAUU